AUGCUCACCAACGUCAACACCGGGCACCGCCGGUGCGGCUCCGGGGUGCCCUGCGGCGGCCACGCGUGGAGCGAGGACGGCGUGACGUGGUCCGACACCUUCGUGGGCGCCUUCGGCCCCGAGGUGCUCAUGGAGGACGGGAGCGCUCGGAGCCUCGGCUACGUGGAGCGGCCGCAGGUUGCCCAGGAGGCACCCGGCGCUCCGCCCCUGGCGCUGUUCCUGGCCGCGGGGCCGAGGUACCUGGAGGCGCCCACGCUGACCUGGGCCCAGCGCUUCUGCGACCGGGGCCCCAUGGAGGCCGGCCUGUGCGGCUUCAUGGGCGGUCUCCCGCUCGGGGCGUCCGCGCCGGAGCCGCGGGUGUUCGUGUGA